CCGCAGCGGCUCCGGCGUUCCAGGCCGCUCCCGCGGGGCCCGCGCGGGGCGACGGUCGCGACCGACGGCCGUUUCUGUGGUGGCCCCCCCGCGCUCAGGGUGGGGCCGCGCGGCGCCCGCCAGCCCUGGCAGGAGGGCUCAGGGCAACGGCAGCCGUGCGGGUGCGCCUGCGUGCGGGGCCGCGCACGCGGGCUUAGGGGCGGCGAGACCUCUAGUCGGCGGCAGCGCGGCCGGCAGGUCAAAAGGCCUUUUUACAUAGUAAUUGUGAGAAGUACCUGUUUUACAUACUAAUCUUCAAAUAAGGAACCUGCAGUCAUGUCCAGCUAUUUUAGAUCCUCUAAACCCACAGAUCCAAUGGCUGUCCCACCGUCAUACAGCGACUUGGGAAAGUCUGCCCGGGAUAUGUUCAACAAGGGAUAUGGAUUUGGAAUUGUCAAAUUAGAGUUGAAGACCAAGUCUUCCAGUGGAGUGGAAUUCACUGCAUCUGGUUCUUCCAACACAGACACAGGCAAGGCUUCAGGCAGCCUAGAGACCAAAUAUAAGGUCAAAGCCUAUGGACUUACAUUCACCCAGAAGUGGAACACAGACAACAUACUGGGAACAGAAAUUUCCAUGGAGGAUCAGUUGGCUCAAGGAUUUAAGGUGGCUCUUGACACUACAUUUGUACCAAACACAGGGAAGAAGAGUGGAAAGUUAAAGACCUCCUACAAAAGAGAAUAUGUAAAUCUGGGCUGCGAUGUAGACAUUGAUCUCUCCGGACCAACCGUCUUUGGCUGGGCAGUGCUGGGCUACGAAGGCUGGCUUGCUGGCUACCAGAUGGCUUUUGAUACAGCCAAGUAUAAGCUUUCGCAAAAUAACUUUGCCUUGGGAUAUAAGGCAGGAGACUUUCAGCUGCACACUAACGUGAAUGAUGGCACCGAGUUCGGUGGGUCUAUUUAUCAGAAGGUUAAUAAUAAGGUUGAGACAUCCAUCAAUCUUGCAUGGACUGCUGGCAGUAACAACACACGUUUUGGUAUUGCUGCAAAGUACCAAAUGAAUGAGAAGACUUCCAUUGUGACUAAAGUGAAUAAUGCCAGCCUGAUUGGAAUUGGUUAUGCUCACACCCUCCGACCUGCUCAGCUACCAUCACCUCACCUGACAAUGCCCCAACAAUUCCAGAUAAAACAAACCCCUUAUUAUUGAGGCAAGGUAAGUGCUAUACCUUAUCCCGUUUUUCUUAAGGAAGACUAACAAGCCCCAGGAAGUCUAGCUACUCCCUAGAAAAGGCUGCUGACAACAGAAGCUGAACACAAAGUGUAAAAUGGGACAAAGCCCAUGUGUAAUUAUUUCACAAAGCAGGAGCCCCAGUCCCGUAGUGCCGGCAUUAGCAGUUACACAACUCCAGACUUGGCCUCACCCUCUCCUGACCGAUUCUGAUAAACCGUACGUCCCAGAAGGGACCUGCAGCAGCAGCUGGCCAGGGCUGCCGAGACGUGAUGUGUUCAUGCUCUCUGGACUGCCAGUGACAGGACCGCGGACUUUACUCUGAAAAAAACACAGAAUAUUCAGAUUGCAAUCAUUUCCACUAAUUUCCAGCAGCCAGGAGUAUGAGACAGCCUGGAACUUGGCUUUCAUACUAAUUCAAAAUAACAGAGAAAAGAACCAUAGGACAUAGUAAAUUUACUAUUAAUCAUUUCACUAACCUGUGCUACAAACCAUAUUUUCAAGUUACACUGGAGUUUUUAUUUUACUUACACAAGCGAUUUUUAGCAAGUUCCACAGUUCUUUCUGUCGUUUCUCCUGAAGCCUAACAACUGUUUCCUCAUCUUCAUUCAUCAGAUUCAUCACUUUCUCCACUCUGGGGAAUAGUUCCAGUGCCUUCUGCUUGCAAACUACAGUUUUACUAUUUGACCAAAAAAAAAAACAAACAUCAUCACACGUGAGCAACUGGAGUAGGGGAACAUUCAAGUUUCUUAUUUCCUGUAACACUCUGAGAUCUCAUUAGCUGUACACACCGGUUUUUAAAACUCUAGAACAAAACCUCUUGCUGAAAGAGAAAAUGCUUUCUCUUAACCCUCACUAAAAGCCAACUCUCCAGAGCUCACCUGAGCUGAGCAUAAAUGACUCGGACUUUUUUUUCAAAGGUCUGGAUUGCCUGUAGGAGCAGUCGUACUAUUUCUUGGCUGUCACCACUUGUCCUCUGAUCUGGAAUGAGAGUCAGAAUCUUACACAGAAGGGCAGCCUUACAGGACAGACAGAAGCAGCAGCAUCUAUUGUAGCAGCAGCUUGCUCUGAGAAGAGCUCAAAAAGCACCGAGAAAGCAAUGCUGUCCUAGUUUAAAACUGACUCCCUGACUCCCCUCUCCAAAAAAAAGGUGGGUUCAGUAGAGUCCGCGUGCAGCUAGUGCAGGGGCAGGCCCAGAAUGCAGAGUUCUCAAUGCUCAUUAUUGCAUCUCCAAAGUUACUAUCCACACAAAGCAAGCUGACCUUGAGCUAAAACAUCUUUUACCUCUUGGCUUCUCUCUCAAUCUCCGGUACAGCUCUCUGGCUUGUUCUUCUCUAGAAGAAAAAAGCACAGAACACAAAGGACUUCUCUAGAACCUAACUUACGAACACGUAGUUCAAGAACUCAAAUGACAGGAAAGGAGUCAAAGUCCUCCCAGUUCCCCAUAAUUUGGGCUGAAUAGAUGGCACCUUCCUUGUCCUGCAGUGAAUAAGCUUAGCUAGCAAUACUCCUGCAUCUCAAGUUCAAGGUAGCUCAACUCACAAAUCCUCCAGUGUUCCUCCUUGUUUACGACCUAGUGGGCUUCUCUGCAGGUCCACGAUGUCUGUCUGCAGGGCCAUCAUUUUCUUCACUAGCUGAUCCACAUCAUCCUCCUGAAAGCAGGGCAGAGCAUAAGCAACAAACAGUCCCGUACUAAGGGACACUACCACGCAAACUGGGUCAUCUUUUCUCAUUCACAUUUCUAAAUACAUUGGCAGGAUGCAAACAGCAGCCUUCAAAAAAGAGAAAUGAAAAUAUUAGUAAUUUCAAUUCAAGGGAAUCAGUGUGGUGCUCUGGGGUAAAACAACUUCUGAGAAUUUUGCGAUAAAAAAUUCAGCCUGCAAAGAGCCACUGAAGGGUCAGACUUCGUAGGAAACGUGUUGCUGGUUCCAAGGCCACCACGCUUCCUUUUCCUCGGCUAUUCCAGGAAAUCUCUUCUCUCAUCCUAUCCAUGGCUGUUUUUCCCCUUUUUCCUAAACACACAACCACAUCCACUCCUGGCCCACCAAAUUCUGCUUUUCACUUGAACUUGUUCACAGGGAGAGGCUGCUGCUUCUUAGACAGUCAUUCUGCCUUCUGCCUCCUCCCGGCAGAGGAGGAGCAACGGUUGCAAAAGAGUAAGAUACCAGCUAGUUAGUCACCUUCACUCCUUGUCUGGGAGCAAUGGUCCUUGGCCUUACUUACAGGGUCAGUCUUGUCUGAAAAGGCUGAAUGCCUUACUGGGAGCAGGUACCCAUGUACCAAGAACAGAAAAUCGUUGACUUCUGAAAAUUCAAGACUGAUGCUUGAAAAGCUUGUGUUCAAUUAUCUAAUCAUUUGCUUUCCCAUUCACUUCAACCUAGGUCCUCUAUCCUCUUUCCAGCUAUCCUGGCUCCAGGACUGGGUUAGCAGAACACCCGGGUGCAACCGCUGCAACAUCUCCUCUCACAUUCACCAAGAUCUCCAUUUUCCCCUAAGCCUUACGAACACCACGAGCUUCAUGAGGUACCGGCCAUGGACAAAAACGGCGCCACCGAAACCAACGUGGCACCUGGAAUCAAUCCAGACACUAUUUAAUGGAGGUCAAU